GUAAUGGAGGGGGUCACGGUCGGCCAGGUAUUUGAUGCGGAAUGCAUCCUCAGCAAACGGCCCAGAAAGGGGAAGCUGGAGUAUCUGGUGAAGUGGAGAGGAUGGUCGUCCAAGCACAACAGUUGGGAGCCAGAAGAAAACAUUUUGGACCCGAGGUUACUGGCAGCGUUUCACAAGAGAGAACAAGAGCGAGAGCUUCUGUUCCAGAAGAAAGGGAAGAGGCCUCGAGGACGUCCGCGGAAGAUUCUGCAGCCUGCUCCAGCCGUCCCUAAAGACAGCCGCUCCUCCUCUUCCUCCUCCUCCGGCCUUUCCUCGUCUCCCUCCUCCUCUUCCUCCGAGGAUGAAGAUCACACCAAGAAGUCGAAGCCCGGCCCUCGAGUCCUCCCGCUCCCCCAGAAGAGGCCUCAGAUCCUGCUGGCCAAGCCCGACCCCCCCUGCAAGAAGAAGCGAGGCAGGAAGCCGCUCCCCCCCGACCUGAGAGCUCUACGACAGGCGAAGAGUAGACCGCCUUCUCCUACUCCUCCUCCUCCUCCUCCACCACCUCCUCCUCCUCCUCCUCCUGCUCCUCCUCGCCACCACCAGGCGCUCAGACCGUCCAGGGAGGAUCCUCGGCCCGGCGUGAAGAAGCCGCUGCAGCCGGCCAGCUUCACCUACACCGGGAUGAGCCGGAGCGCCAGAGACGAGGCCGUGUCCGCCUCGCAGACCUCCAGCAGCUCCUUCUCCCAGAGCGCCGCCUCCAAACCCGGAUCCCUCAGCUGCAUCUGGACCAACCGCUCCCUCUCCUCCUCCUCCUCCUCCCACAAAGCCGGCGCUUCACAGAGUAAGAACUCGCUGUCCGAGCUGAAGCGCUCCACGUCAGAGACCGGCGGCAGCAGAGGAGACGGGUUCAAAGUGUCUGCUCUGAAACCAGGAGGAAGCUCGGGGUCUCUGGGCGGGUUUAUCGGGGGCCCGGCGGGGGUCCAUCGCUCCCCGCUGGGCCAGAGGAGGCAGGAGGGCCUCGGGGGUCAGAGCGGGUCGGUUCAUCACAAGCAGCAGAACUCCGGUCUCUCCAAACCGUCAGCCUCGCCGACGCCACGAGACCGAGCCAACCAGGCGCUGAGCCUCCGAGCCCUCAACCUGCAGAGCGUCAGCAAGCCGCCGGCCGGCAGCAGCCUGCAGGGGGCGCACACGAGCGGCGCCGCCCCGUCCAGGUCCAGCUUGAGGAGCGGGGUCGUCGUAAAAGGAGCGGCGGGAGGCUUCAAAGACACUCGAACGUCCGCCGGGCAUCGCUCGGGUCUGCCGGCAGGAGGCGGCGCGGAGCAGGCGAGGUUACGAGAGGACAGGAAGGAAAUGCUAGGAGACGCUAAGAAGAUGGCGGGCGGCGGCGGGCGGGGGAACGGCAGCGUGCGGCAGGAGGAGCGGAAACAAACCCGCAGCCUGAACGAGCUCAGCACCGGAGACUCCGACGAGACCAGCAGCAGCGAUUCGGAGCACGACACCGUCCUGUAUCCUAGCAACAGCCGGCCCAGCCUCGGCAACGACGCCACCGAGUCGGACACGGAAACGGACUGGCGGCCGACGCGCAGCCUCCUGGAGCACGUGUUCGUCACCGACGUCACGGCCAACUUCAUCACGGUGACGGUGAAGGAGUCGCCGACCAGCGUGGGAUUCUUCAACUCUCGGAAUCACUGAAGGACGAACUGACUCCCGACUCUUCCCGCAGCAGCUCUCAGGGUUCCUACCGACACGCACAAC